ACGGCGUGGGCGCUGGUGCUGGCGGUGGGAGCUGGCCUGGCUCUGUACCUGGUGUUGGUGGCGUGGGAGCGGUAUGAGCGCUCGCCCAUGUUGAUCGCAGUGGAGACGUCGCAGUACCCCAUUUGGAACACCCCGUUCCCUGCCGUCACCAUCUGCUCCCUGAACAAGGUGGAGUUGUCCGCGGCGAGGAGGCUGGUGAGCACGUGGGAGCUGCCGCCGGGGGCGACGCGGGCGCAAGUGCUGAGCGCGCUACGUCUAGUGCCGCUGCUGGGCGACGCGCCCUCCUCCGUGGCGCAGCUGCGCCCGCAUCUGCCGCAGCUGCGCCGCCUGCAGGCCACGCUGCGCCGAAACAACGUCACGCCCGCGGACCUCGUCCACCAGGUAGGCGCCAAAUGA